AUGAGCCCACCUAGCCUAUCAGCGGCGGGCGACCUCGACAUCCACGGUGACAUGGCACCAACGCCUCCACCACCGUCAUCAACGUCGUACCAUACCAACGACGUCGCCUCCGUUACCUCCGUCACGCUCACUAAAGAGCAAUUCGACGAGCUGAUCAGGAACCAGCGCCCCGCACGGGACGACGACGCAUUAUCCAUGCGUCAGCGCCUACCCCCAGCCAACCCUCCGGUCUUCCCCGACGACUCGAAACUUACGGAGGACAAUUACGUUGACUGGGUCCCCACGAUGCCGCCAUGCCCGCCCUCUUGGGCUGGAUUCAACGCUCGGACGAAUCGAGCGACGGUCCCCGUUGCGAAGGCGGUCGUACCGACCAAACGCUCUGCACCAGGCAAGAAGGGAAAAUGGGAUCGUUCUGGUCCUGCCCCGAGCAACUGCCCAGCUUGUGGUCAAGGCAAACACUGGCUCGACAAGUGUCCGGAAUCGCGCAAGCGAGCCAAGUACCUCGAGCUCAAAAACGCCAUGAAGGAACUCCAAGGCUCAUCAUCGCCUGCGUCCACGUUCGUGGCCACCGAGGCAGCAUCCAAGGAUCAACACCUGUCCGUCGUUUCUUCUGCUACGUUUGUCAACAUCGGGCCACCGGCGGAAAUCCUUCUGCUAGACUCGGCGUCGGCGUGCCACGUCGUCAACGAUGCGUCCUUCUUUGACGGCCCCCUUUCGCCUACCCCGCAAGUCCUGCAAGGUCUAGGGGGAACGGUGAAGGCCUCGGGAAUCGGCUCGGUCAAGCUUGUCUCCGAUAAUGGUACCAGGUUCACCCUCAACGACGUGAUCUACGCCCCCGAGAGCCCUGCCAACCUCAUCUCAGUCCGGGCCUUCAACCGCAAAGGCGUUCGCAUCACCUUCGAACACGGACAAGUCGAGCUCCGCACGCCGCAAGGGUGCAUCGCCACAGCAUCAGCCAUCGCGUCCUGCGUUUACAAACUCAACGCUUCGGUCCAAGCUGCCAGCAAAGAUGCGCGACACACCCUCGUUGCCACCAAGUCCAAUAGGCUACCUUUACUUACCCUUCACCGGCGCUACGGCCACGCCUCUGUCCAGACACUUAAAAAACUGGCGGCCUCUGGCCAGGUGGAGGGUUUAGAUUGGCCCUAUAGUGACUUCGAGUGUGUAGACUUCUCAUGCAACGCCUGCCUUGCCUCCAAAGCCCAUCGUUUGCCUUUCCCCUCUUCGUCGUCGCAUGCAGCGGAACCACUCGCAUUGGAGCACUCGGACGUCUUAUCUUUCCCCGAGGAAUCCUUAA